GGCGGGGCCACGAGGUAGCCUAUAUAAGGCCGGGCUCCGGGGUGCCCCCCCCUCACUCGCGCGUUAGGAGGCUCGGGUCGUUGUGCUGUGUCGUGUUCCCGCCUGCGUCAGGGACCUGCCCGGCUUAGUGGAGGGAAGGUGGUGAGAGGUGAAGCUCAUUAGGGAUUUCAAUGCUGCCACAGGCCACCAUGGCAUCAGAUGAAGGCAAGCUUUUCGUUGGAGGGCUGAGUUUUGACACCAAUGAGCAGUCACUCGAGCAGGUCUUCUCAAAAUAUGGACAGAUCGCCGAAGUGGUGGUCGUGAAAGACAGAGAGACCCAGCGAUCUCGGGGUUUUGGGUUUGUCACCUUUGAGAACAUCGACGACGCCAAGGACGCCAUGAUGGCCAUGAAUGGGAAGUCUGUAGAUGGGCGACAGAUCCGAGUUGACCAGGCAGGCAAGUCGUCUGACAACCGAUCCCGUGGGUACCGAGGAGGCUCUGCCGGGGGCCGGGGCUUCUUCCGUGGGGGCCGAGGACGGGGCCGUGGGUUCUCCAGAGGAGGAGGGGACCGAGGCUAUGGGGGUGGCCGGUUCGAGUCCAGAAGUGGGGGCUACGGAGGCUCCAGAGACUACUACAGCAGCCGGAGUCAGGGCAGUGGCUAUGGUGACCGGAGCUCGGGUGGGUCCUACAGAGACAGCUACGACAGUUACGGUAAGUCAUGCUCCGAGGGUGCCACGCUGCCGUGGCCUGCUUCGGGAGCUCAGUGCACCUUGGUGCCCUCUGCCAGCAACUAAGGCUGGACACUCAGACUGUCACUGUGCUUGCCCAUAAGGAACAAGUUUGUCCUCUCAGAGCCAUUUCUACUGCAGACCAUGAGGGCCAAGUAAACUGACCAGAAAGGAAGGGAGAGCAGGGACCCGCCGAGCAGCCCAGCAUAGGUGCAUGUGUGGCCCGGCUGGCCGCCCUCGGCUGUGGGGGGGGUUGGCUGCUCCCGAGGCGGCCGGGCCAUGCCCCCAGUCUGCACUCGGGAGAGGAAUGCCGCGUCUGUUGCUGCUUCAGUGCCUUUACACUGUACCUGCUUCUUGUCCUCAGCUACACACAACGAGUAAAAAUCCUUCCUGCUCAAGAUCGUCCUUCCAAUGGCUGUAUAUUUAAAGAUUUUGGGAGCUUCGCUGAAUCGUUAAUGUGUAGUGAACACACCUUGUAUUCCCACUUUUGUAGUCAUUUCAGUUCUGAUCUUGUCAAACCCAGCCUGACUGCUUCUGACCCCCGAGAUGGCCUCAUUGUUAGACUUUUCUUUUUAAGGAAGCGCUGUCGUUUUUAAGGGUUUUCGAAGCGUUUGAGAAGCACUUCAGAUUUACUUUUUUCUUUUUACUAUGAGCCAUGAGUUCUUAAAAAAAUCGCCGGGGGUUGUGUGGGUUUUUUUGUUACACUUUUGGGUUUUUGUGGGUUUUUGGUUGUGUUGCCUUUUUUGUUUCUCUUUUGGGGUCGGCGCCAUGAAGUUGGGUGCCCCAUUCACUUCUGAGAUCGAACAGACUCUGAAUCCGCUCUGUCGGAAGCUGAGCAAGCUGUGGCUUUUUUCCAACUCCGUGUAACGUUUCUGAGUGUAGCGUGGUAGGACACCAUCGGGGUGGCGGCAGAGGCUGCCCUGAAGCCCCAGUCCAUCUGCCCAUCUGCACUGUGUGCCCCGCAGUAGACGUGCAGACGUCCCCCGAGAGGGUCUUGAAGAUGUUUAUUUAUAUUGUCCUUUUUUACUGGAAGACGUAUGCAUACUCCAUUGAUGUUGUAUUUGCAGUGGCUAAGGAAUUCUUGUAUGCAGUUUUCUUUGGCUUUACGAAGCCGAUUAAAAGACCGUGUGAAAUGAACCUUGCUCUGACAAUUUCCCUUUCGUUGCACAAUACACUCCCUGCUGGGCUGUCGCAGUCAGACCUGAGCAGGAGCAGUUGAGGAACAGUAGGUUUGCCAGUCCUACCUGAGGCCUGCGGAGAGCUAGCCGAGGAAGGCAGAGCAAACUGACGCUGGCCGGGCGUUGUGAACAGCUGACGGCACCGUCCCUUUAGGUGAGCGAGGUGGGUGACGGGAGCGCAGCUCAGACAGCAAGGCAGCCCUGGGAGGCUUCCGGCAGGGGCAGCCCAGGGCUUGACAGGACUGGUAGCAGGGACAGUGAACCCUUGGGCACCUGACGCUGACCGGACGGCCUUAGUCUAGCAGCAGGCAGAGAGUGGACGGCACGUGGCGUCCCUGGGCGACCAGACUGACCAGCUCGUUAGCUAGUUCUGCUGUUGCUUCACGAGUUCUGAGCGUUCUCUGCUAGCCUAUGGAAGCUGCAGCCCUCGGAGGACAGAAGUGUUGUGCGCCCAACAGAAACCUCUGAGACGCAAGCUGCUCCCUUGGCUAGCUCAUAUGUGGAAAUAGCCCUGUAAUUCGAGGUAACUCCUUUCGCUCGUGUCCGCAUCCCUCUUGUCAAGAGCUCAUUUGAAAGUAAAGUUAUGUACCCCGGGAAUGUUCCUUUGACUGUUUUUUUUUUUCUUCUUUUUAAAUUUUUAUUUUUUAAAUCAAACUAGAACUAAAGUCAGGCCCUGCCGGUUCUUCCCUGUCUGUGGCCAGGCAAGCAGCCUCGGGCACAGUCACGCCUCGCUUGUAGGUGCCAUCCAUUGAGCAGGAUUGGAGACCACCGAACGCCCUGCCUUUUGGAUUUUUUGCUCAUCAAUUGACAGUCUUUUCCAGACCUCUUUAAGUCAUGCACCUAACUAGCUUUCUCUGAUGUCUGUUGCCACCGUUAGUUUUUUCCAGAGUCCACACUGGUCUCUUAAGCAGCUCCAUCCCGAGUGGGUAGCUGGCUCUGCUGACGGGAAUGUGGCUCUGGCUGCAUCUCAAGGCGCAGCCCCGCCCCGGGCACACCGGCCCAUGACGGUGCCUCUGAAGUCAUGGCCCCAUGACUAGCUCGAGACCCUCGUGGGAGCUGUGGAUGGUUUCUGGGGAGGGUGGGGGGCAGUUGCAAAGCCCUAUCAGGAACAUCAGGAAUAAUGCUUCUUUGCUUUGGCAGGUUGAAGGGGACCCAGCCGGGACACAGGGAAGGGUGGCCCAAGAACAGAGAUGACCUCAAGGGGUCACUGUCCCAGGAGGGACUUCACCUGGAAAGAGCCAGAGAUGCAGCUGCCUGCCUUUGAGGCUUGUUCCUGUGCUUCGCCAGUGAGGUUCGGCCUCAGGACUUCAGACCGUUCCGGGAGGACAGGACAGGCCAAGGCGCUGGCGGCUGGGACGGCGGCCAGUCCUUGCCCAAGACGGUGGAAGACAUGGAAAGGCGGGUUUAAUAAAGGGCCGAUGUGUGCACCUGAAA